AUGUUAAAUAAUUGUGAUGAAUUGCACAUCUUAAGGCUCCCAAAAAUUGUGAAUACUUUUGCAAAAGAUGAGUUCUUACAGUUAAGCAUGAAAGUUAGUAAAAUAAAUGAAUAUGGAAAUAAACAUACAAGAUAUUUCGUGUUAACCAAUAAAAAAAUUUUACUAUUGAACAAAUCAAGUAACAACAAUGUCAUUUAAAAGCGAUUAGAAGGAAAGUACUUCUGUCCUUUAUCAUUGGGAUCACGAUUUCCUCCAAGAGUUUUGAGUUCAUAUUACAUUUUAAAAAUGAAUAUGAUGAUGAUGAUCUCAGAUUACAAACUGAGAGUAGAUCCAGAUUAAUUGAAUUCAUUGUCAAGACUUAUGCACUUGAGUUUCACAUCCCUUUAGCCUCAUACUAAGUUCAAGAUUUGA